CUGUCUGGAAUGGGAGGUAAUCAGGUUAGAUCCACGAAGGGCAUGGCACCUCCAAUUCCUUGGUUCAAAAAACCUUGACCAUUAUCUUGUGAAAGUGUUAAAUCCAGAAAGAUUGUGCAGAGCCUGGGGAAUAGGAGUUUAUUACUAUUAUUGUUAUAUUCAUGGGGAGCAUUAAUCCUGCAGGAGUUAUAUAGCAGCAUGGGAAUGGAAAGCAAUUAGAUUUGAUCCAGAGAAAACAAAAGACUCGGCAGAUGAUGCAACAUCCCCCCAAUGAAAAGCAGGGGUGUUACUAGCACGUUAAGAGACAAUACAAUAAGUGUCAGGGGCCCGAGACUGUUCAACUGCCUCCCAGCAUACAUAAGGGGGAUUACCAAUAGACCCCUGACUGUCUUCAAGCUGGCACUGGACAAGCACCUAAAGUUGGUACCUGACCAGCCGGGCUGUGGCUCGUACGUUGGUUUGCGUGCAGCCAGCAGUAACAGCCUGGUUGAUCAGGCUCUGAUCCACCAGGAGGCCUGGUCACAGACCGGGCCGUGGGGGCGUUGACCCCCAGAACUCUCUCCAGGUAAACUCCAGGAUAGCUUCAAUUCUUUAAGUCAAGAGCCCUUCAUCAGUAUCAAGGUACCUUCCUUAAAGGACAGGAAACGAGAGGUAAUCAAGAUUCAUUCAAGGAAGGGAAGGACAGCUACAAUUAUUAUUAUUAUAAUCAAGGGGAAGAGCUAAACCCGUAGGAUUAUACAGCGCCUGGGAGGGAUGUGGAAGGCAUUCAGGCUUAAUUCGGGGAACUGGAGCACAGAUCCAAUUCCCUAAAUCAAGAGCCCCUGACCAACAUCAAGGAACCUUCCCUGAGGGGUUGCACCAAGGAAGGCUGAGACUAUGGAAGCAGCCUUAGAGAAAGUUCUUUCUAAUCCUGGCCUGGGGCUCCUGCUGCUGGAUGAUGUUAACCGUGGCCUGGCAGAGGAUGUGGAGCAAUUGCGGCAGGAGGUCUCGCAUGUGAAAGAAACUUGGAAAUCGCAAAGCGAAGCUCACAAGCGGAAUACCGAAUAUGUCUCUGAUAUGACGCAGAUGCUGGAUAAUAUACAGAAAUUAGUGCUUGCUCACCGUCAUGACAUAGAACUGGAAAGUAAACAAGAGAAAGCAACAAGUAGUGAGGCAGAAGGUACUGUACGACAGUGCAGGAAGAAGCAUAAUGAUUUAGCUAAUAUCCAAGAAGCCUCCGAACUGCUAGAAACCCAUGUAACUCAGCGGCACAGAGAACUUGAAGAUUUACAAAAGAAUUUGACAGGGGACUCCAGUUUGCUAAAGGAAUUACUGGAUCAUUUAGCAGAAGCUGACAGUGAUAACUUACUGCUGUUGCAGUAUUCUGCACAUGAUGCUUCAAAAAUUAAGGAACUUAGUGUUGCUCUUGAGCGUCUAAGUGGUGAAGUAGCAGCCAGUGAAGCAGAAUUAUCUAGUGCUCAGGCAGAAGCAGUAGCAGCACAGACAGCCUUGGAUCAACUUGGAACAGCAUUCUUACAGGCAGCUGCAACUCGUGAUCACCUCCUGGCCCAGUGGGAGAUCACCCUCAGUCACAUCUGUCAGAAAGCUAAUGAACAGACUAACUGUAUAGAGGAUUCACUAGCAGUGCAACAGAAGAUUGGUCUUCUAAAAGGAGAGUUAGAGCAAGAGAAUCAAAUACUGAAGCAAGUCCAAAAUUCACGACGAGAAGUGAUAGAAAACACUCGAGGUGUAGAGGAGGAUGGAACAUGGGUUAAAGAUCAGUAUCAAACUGUUGCCUCAACCAGAGAAAAGAUUGAAUCCCAGUUAUGGGCUCUUCAGAAUGCUUUCAGUAAAAUCAAUAAAGAAAUUGAGACCUUAACUCUUCAACUGUCUGAGCAAAUAGAAUUUCGAGAAGAGAAAGAAGCCUCUCUUGCCAGCUUAGAGCAGAAAUGCAAAAAAUCAGAGGAGAAAUUGACCAUUAACACUGAACUUGUGAUAUCUACUGAAGAUUCCUUGCACUCUCUGGAAGCUAUGGUAAAGGAAGCUGAGGGUUUGGUUAAGAGCUUAACAAAACAGAAGGAGAGGGUGAUGGAGGCUGAGUUGCAUCAUAAGAAAGCUCUGAUGAUGUGGCAGCAACAAGAGGCUGCAGUAAAAGGAGAGAUCAUGGCUUUGCUUUCAACAAAGUCUCGGAACUUAACCUACAUAAAAGAACUGGAUAGCAGGGCUGUGAAACAAAAAGAAGUUCUGCAUGAUCAGGAGUUAAACAUCCAGCAGCUUCGCCGACAGAUCCAUGAUCUGACCCACGAUGGAAAUAACAAUGCUGUCAGUGUAGACCAGCAGAAGCAUUUGGAACAUUUAAGUCUGCGACUUCAGGAGGUUUCUACUACAAUUAAGAUACUUUCAAAGCAACUUAUAAUUAUGAAGAAUACUCGAUCUAUUGAACAGGCAAAUUUGUUGCAGCAUGAAAAAUAUGCUCAGAAACUCGAAGAUGAUGUAACUGCAGUGAAGAUGAGCAGCAAGAAUGCUGAAAGAGAACGGGCAAAACUAGCUAAUAGUUGUGAAGAGCUAUUGGUGGAUGUGAGUUUAACACAGCUUCAUCUCCAACAACGAAUGGCACAGCUGCAAACUGUUGUCAACAAGAUAUCCAGACUCUCACAAGACAAGAUAGAUAUGGAAAAGUUAGUAUCAGAGCAGAUUAGCAGUGUGAAGAUCCGUAUCGAUGAAGCGGACAUGAAUCUAAGGGGCCUAAGCAGUGAGAUGCACCGUUUAUCUCUACAGUUGCAUGAAGUUUCCACCAGAAUCCUUCAGCUGAAAGACAAGCAUACAAAAGUAAAAUGCAGCAUUGACACUUCAGAAGGAGAUGAAGUAAUAUCUACUGCUCAUGUUUUUCUUAAGGUUGCUAGUGAGCGUGCAGGCUUGCAGGAGACAGGAGAUCUGCUGGAUUUAGAAGUGAGAAAAGCAGAAGAAGAGGUGGAAGCUUUACAGCAAAUGGUAGCACUAAUCAGCAUUGAAGGACAACAGUACCGCUCACAGUUGCAUGAUAUUCUCUAUCACAGUGAGGAAGAAAAAGAAAGAGUAGUUCUAGAGGAGAAGCUUGCAGCAUUGGAGGAUGAAAUCUUGGUGUGGCAAACCUUGUUGCAACAGGCACAGAAAGACUUGCAGGGUACCCAGGAUAGGCUACACGAGGUGGAAUUGCAAGUGCAUGCUGUGGAGGAACUUUUACGAGAAAAGAAUAUACAUAUGACUGCAGUUCAACGUGAGAUUGAAAUUCAACACACUAAAGCUCGACAUGCUACUCAGGCAGUCUCAAAUCUUCAGUGGAGAACCAGAAGAAAAUCUUUACAACAGUAUGACAUAGAGUUGCGAUUAGCACAAGAACGCCUGCGUAUGAUCAAUUCUCUGCUUGGUGAUGCUGUGUCAUUCCAUCCAGAAGCAAGUGAAGCCGUUGUCAUAUAUUGUCAGCAAGUUAACAUUCCUCCCCCUGAUGUGACAAAGCUAACCAAGAAGGAAUCAUUUGGAUCCAGAUCAAGCAUUGGAACUUUACAGUCUUCAAGAAGCAGCAGCAUCAGUCAUCCAAGAAGUAUAUCUCCUGAUGCAGCAUCCUGGAAAUCUCCCACUCACCAUUUAUCCUUGUCAUCACUUCAGUCUGAGGAUUCAGGACGAAGUGGAUCACCUCAUCAUGCCAGUGCAAAGACCAAAAGUAGCAGUGGAAUUCAAGGAGCAGGCGUGAAGCAUAUGCCUAAGCCCAAAAUAACAGUUUUGAACCCCAGUUUUCCUGCCAGAGAGCUAAAGAGGCAUCAGUACCAAGGAAGGAAGCUCUUAAAAAGGCCAACUGUUCAUUUAUAAACUGUUUUAUUAUUAAUUAUAAUCAAGAAAAGAUAGAAUUUCCAGAAGUAUCCAGUACUGUAUUUUAUCAUGGAGAUUAUUUAAUUUUGCACAUCUACUCUUUAUACUGUUUAUGUAUUUUAAUUAGCUAAAGUAAUAUUUGUUUUCUUAAACUAAUUGGGAAAUCCCU